AAGCCCCACUCCCCUGCAGGCUCUCAGCUGCUGUGAAACCUUUUACCAGAAAGGCUGCUGUUACAGGAAAUAACUUUCAUUCUCCCUUCCUCCUUCCUGAUAUCACAGUCUCCAGAAAAAGAGGAUCUGCGUCCAGACCAGAAUCAAAAUCAGGCAGUCCCAUUUUCAGACUGUACCUAGAGAGUCUGCACUUGGUCGCUGGGAGUCAUUGCCUUAGACCUCUCCCUGUCAUCUUCCAGAAACAAUCUGCAGUCUCCGAGGUGGAAGGUAAGUAGGACCAGGAGCAGCGGAGCAUAGGCUCCAAGGCUGAGGCUCCCAGACACCCAGAGAUGGGCAGCAGCCUUCCAACUGUCCUGCCUGCACUCCCAGACUGUGUGCCAUGUUUGCUGACUAACGCCUUCCCUGGGGUGGAUUCGGUGGAGAGGGAAGCGCAGGUUCCCAACAGUCCCUAGAUGUCCCAUUCUAGCCUGCACCCAUCCAUCCCACGGCCUAGGGGGACCAGAGCCCGGAAGGCAGCCUUUGUUCUGUUGACUGUCUGCAUGGCAGCCCUUUGGGUUCUGGGAGAGCCACCAGAACACAUUCUCCGAUGGCUGGUGCUCCACCUGGCCUCCCUGCAGCUGGGACUGCUCUUCAAGGGGGUCUGUCAUCUGACUGAGGAGAUGUGCCACCUCCACUCCAGGUACCAGGGCAGCUACUGGAGGGCUAUGCGGGCUUGCCUGGGCUGCCCCAUUCGUUGUGGGGCUCUGCUGCUGCUGUCCUGCUAUUUCUAUGGCUCCCUCCCAAACACAGCUGGCCUGCCCUUCACCUGGAUGCUUGCCCUCCUGGGCCUCUCAGAGGCACUGAACAUCCUCCUAGAGCUCCAGGGCCUAGCCCCGGCUGAGGUCUCUGCAGUCUGUGAGAAAAAGAACUUCAACGUGGCCCACGGGCUGGCAUGGUCAUAUUACAUUGGGUACCUGCAACUGAUCUUGCCAGGGUUCCCAGCCCGGAUACGCAUGUACAAUCUACAGCACGCCAACAUGCUCCGGGGCUUGGGGAGCCAUCGACUACACAUCCUCUUCCCUCUGGACUGUGGGGUUCCUGACGACUUGAGUGUGGCCGACCCCAACAUUCGCUUCCUAUAUGAGCUGCCGAAGCAAAGUGCUGACCGUGCUGGCAUCAAGGGCCGGGUUUACACCAACAGUGUCUAUGAGCUUCUGGAAAAUGGGCAACCGGUGGGCACCUGUGUCCUGGAGUAUGCCACCCCCUUGCAGACCCUUUUCGCCAUGUCACAGGAUGGCCGAGCUGGCUUUAGCCGGGAGGAUCGGCUUGAGCAGGCCAAACUCUUCUGCCGGAUACUUGAAGACAUCCUGGCAGAUGCCCCUGAAUCACAGAACAACUGCCGCCUUAUCGUCUACCAGGAACCUGCAGAGGGAAGCAGCUUCUCCCUGUCACAGGAGAUUCUCCGGCACUUGCGGCAGGAGGAAAAGGAGGUCACUAUGGGUGGCCCAGACACCUCGAUUGCACCCAAUUCCUCCACGCUGUCCCAGGAGCCCAAGCUCCUCAUCAGUGGCUUGGAGCAGCCUCUCCCACUCCGCACGGAUUUAUUCUGAUGCUCAGGGUCCGCUGGCCUGAAAUCCCAGUGCUCCCCAAGACUCUGGAUCCCCGAGACUGUGGAUUGAAGGGCUCUCUUUAGCAGCUGAAUGCCCAGCAGAACCACUUCCUCCCACAGGGAGCCUCUCAGAGAAGGUCCCUGAACUUAACAUUUCAAGACGAAUCCUAUGACUUUGGGCAAGUUGUUUUACCUCUCUGAACCUCAGUGUCCUCAUCUGUGAAAUGGGAUUAUAAUCACUGUCCUACCUAUCUUGCAGGGUUGUUGUGAGGAUUAUGAUUGUAUGGAACAUUUUUGUAACUCUAAAUGCCAGAUAAAUUUAA